GAGAGAGAGAAGAUAAACAAUCCUUGAAGACGUCACACCCAAAGGAUGUCAAGGGUGAUGCCAAACCAUGUGCUUAGGGUCGGACCGACAAUAUGUGUUUCGUCCCAAGAAGACCACGCUCGCUUGCAGGUAACGGGUAUUCGCCAUGCCCACACUUCGCCAUCACAGUAUUUAUAUUAUUCCGUAGAAGGCUGGGACAGACAAAUCUCAUUGACCCAAGGCAAAGGAGGUCCACUGCCCAAGAUGGAACUCUAUGACACCUGUAAGCCGGCAGAGGCCCACACCUUUGAAAUCCCCAAAUAUGGGGGAUAAAUGUCUGCAGAGGAGCCAACAGAAACGGGCAAUGACAGCUGCCCCAGAUUCUCUCCCACUUUGGAUGUGUCCAUUGAUAAGCUGAACCUAAUCUUGGAAAUUGACCCCACUUUCCAGCCUCUCCAGCUGAAUCCGAUCCAAAGCCAGAGUCCUAACCAAGCUGUUCCACAAAGCAGCACAGCAGUGGCCGCAAAACAGGAGCCAGAAUCCCCAGACAUAAAGUACAUUGAAAUGUCACCUGCCAUAGCGAAAUGCCAGGAGUCUCGGCAGAACUCGGCGAGUCCGUCCUGCGCUCCACAUUCCACGUCUCCCCCAAACCACUGCCCUUCGUUUCCGCAUGGAGGAACCCGCUCCAGUGGCCACAUGACCUUCAUGGUUGGCCACGAUCCUGGUGGCCCCCAGUAUCCCACAGGGAGGCAGUCACCGGCUUGCAUCCGAGUCUCCGAAAGCAUCUCCAUUCCGCAGCAGGACCAGAAGGGCUACGGGUCAAGUUCCCUCCUGCCUUCCUCCCCAGGCUUUGAGAACUUCCGGAAGCUGUCUCAGCAUGGGAGGAUGGUGCAGCGGUGCAGCGAGGCAUCUCUGCUUUCGACAAGUCCUGGGUCGGACACCAGCUACGUUCUUGGAAGCAGCUCCCAGUCACUGUCCAACAAUGAGCCCGACACUCCUCAGACGAGGUCAACGGGAAGUCCUUCCUCUGUUGGAUCCCUCAAUGGUUCUUCCCUUGGUUCCUGGAGCUCAGGUUCCUACUAUCCUGGUGUCAGUUGCUCCCAGAAAGGGAUCUCCCUACCUCAGCUGUUCCAGAAGGGACAGACCCAUAGCUGCUCUCCUUCACCCGUCACAAGCUCCCCAUCCCCUGUGCCCAUUGUGCUUAUCAACGGCCGUCUGGAAGACAGUGAGAUGUCCUCCAAACCUUACAGGAAUCACCCAGGUUCUUUCAAACAGAAGACCCCGCCCAGUUCUGGCUCAUUUUCAGGUGCUGGCAGUUCCAACAAAACAUCUUCAGAGAGCUCGCUCUCAUCUUCUUCGUCUCGGACAGUAAGCUAUUCAAAAGAAACCCAGACAACGAUGAAGUUUGUGAUGGACACCUCCAAGUAUUGGUUCAAGCCUAGCAUCACAAGGGACCAAGCUGUCCAGAUGCUAGCUGAUGAACCUCCUGGCACUUUCAUCAUGCGGGACAGCACAUCCUACCGCGGCUCGUUUGGCUUGGCCAUGAAAGUCUCCGGCGGCAAAACAGGGGAGGAUGGCAGUGAUCCCAUCAGGCACUUCCUCAUUGAGUCUUCUGCCCGAGGAGUGCACCUUAAGGGUGCUGAAGAAGAACCCUAUUUUGGAAGUCUCUCGGCGUUUGUAUAUCAACACACCAUCAUGCCUUUAGCAUUGCCCGGCAGACUCGUUAUCCCCAGCCAAGAUUUCUUUGGAGGAAGAGAAAAUCCUGCUGUGGUUUCAGAAUCCACUCUUCCAGUUUCAUGAAAGCUGCAGGUGAUCUGCAAUCUCCUGUACCUGCACUCCCUGACCAUGGAGACGCUCACUGGCAAAGCAGCAGUUCGGAAAGCCGUGUCUGCCACUUUCGAACUGGAGGUCCCGCCUACGCCCACCAUCGUCCACUUCAAAGUGACUGACCAAGGGAUCACCUUGACAGACAUCCAGCGGAAGGUUUUCUUCCGGCGGCACUAUCCACUGGCUUCUAUCAGUUUUUUGGACAUGGACCCUGAAAACCGAAAGUGGCAGAAAUUUUCCAAAAUUUCCAGGAUCUUUGGUGUCAUUGCCAAAAGCCCAGCAGACUCCGAGAAUAUCUGCCACCUCUUUGCAGAAUAUGACGCAGUGCAUCCGGCUUCCCACAUUGUUGACUUCAUCAAGAAACUUCUACCUGCUGCUUAACGUUGCCCAAAUGCUGGGGUCCUCCUCUGUUUCCUAGCAAUGCUGCCCCACCACUCCCUAUACCCCCCCCCCCGCCCCGUAAGCACAACAGUGCGCUCUUGGUCUUUGAAAGCUCUCUGGGUUGCAUUUCAAAAAGGCUCUGGAGACGAACCAUGGCUGUAUGAGUGUUGUGAGGGUUGCAACAGAAAUGUGGCAGUGGGAAGCAGCAGCAGGUCGUAUGUCUUUGCAGGAAUUAUUCAGUGACUGGAUUGUCUCUCUACAGGAAGUCCAACCGUGUAAUUUCUGAGCUCUUAUUUCAACCAGAAUACUCUUUAGGCCAAUCGAUCAGAAAGGUUUUUUCUACCCUGUGGAAAAAAAGAUAGUCUUGCAACAUGCAAAGUUGUACUGAUUUGCCUUGUCUUUGAGAUAGGUCUGCCAACAGAAAAACCACUACAGGGAUCCAUGUUCAGUUCGCCCCUUGACUGGACUAUUGUAAUGUGUAAAUACUUUAUGAAGAAUAUUUAGAAGCUGCAGUUGCUGCAGAAUGCAGCUGUCACAGUGUUAAGUGGUUCGGCACCAGCCUGCUCAUAUAAUGAAAUCAGCAGCAGAGGCCCUUCUUGUUGCCGUGUUGUUAGGGGAUAGCCACAAUGCAGUGACAUGAGAUAGAGGGCCACCACAUAGAAGGCCCUGUUUAUGGAACUCACUUCCCUUCACUAUAGGGACAACACUGUCAUUAUUCAGCUUUUGUUGCUGGGUAAAUAUACCCUUUUUUUUAGAGAGGGUUGAGCUGAGAGGGCCAACUCUAAACAUGGCUGCAGUAGUGUUGAUAUUUUGAUACUGUAUAUUAUUCUUAUUAAAUAUAUACUGGACAUAUCAA